CCGCCCCGGCUCGGAGCUCUGCCUGUCCGGGUUGCGGAAAUAACACCUGGCGCCCCUCAAGCAGGGGUGGCUUCGGUAGGAUUUCGGCGGCCAGAAAGACUCGCCGCCGCGGCUGCCCACACAGCUUCUCUCCGCGCCCGGCAUGACUUGCAAGGGUUCAUCGAGCUGGGCACUUUGGGUGGCCCCGUUGGCUGCGUUGCUGUCUUUGCGAGGUCUAGUGAGUCCCUUGGAGGUCUUCAUGAAUACCCGGAGUGUUGAAGUUGCUCGGGGUCAGACAGCCAUCCUGCCCUGUACUUUUACCACUAGUGCUGCACUCACUAACCUUAAUGUCAUCUGGAUGGUUACGCCUCUUUCCAAUGCCAACCAACCUGAACAGGUUAUUAUUUACCAGGGUGGUCAGAUUUUUGACGGUGCAGCCCAGUUUCAUGGGCGAGUGGGGUUUGCAAAAACAAUGCCAACCACCAGUGGCUCCAUCUUCAUCAACAAUACCAAGCUCUCAGAUACAGGAACGUACCAGUGUUUGGUGAAUAAUCUACCAGACCUAGGAGGACGGCAUAUUGGAGUCAUUGGGCUCAAUGUCUUGGUUCCUCCAUCUGCUCCUGACUGCAGAAUUCAGGGUUCUUUGAAUAUUGGUAGUGACAUCACACUGAGUUGUAAUUCAGAAGAAGGCAUUCCUCGGCCAACUUACAACUGGGAAAGGCUGGAUAAUGCUCCCAAGCUGCCUCCAACAUCCAUCCAAGAUCUAGUUCAGGGUACUCUUCUUCUGCGCAAUAUUAGCUCUUUGUCAUCAGGACGUUACCAAUGUAUGGCAUCCAAUGUCAUUGGAAGCAGCACCUGUUCGCUUGAAGUUCAAGUGAUUAUACCUAACCCUCGGAAUAUUGGUCUGAUUGCCGGAGCUGCAGCAGCAGGGGCAGUUGUGCUUAUUGUCUGCAUUGUCUUGGUGGCUGUUACACUCUUUUAUUGGAAAAACAAACACAAGGAGGAAGAGGAGGAGGAGAUUCCCAAUGAGAUAAGGGAGGAUGAUUUGCCACCCAAAUGUUCUUCAUCCACAAAAGCCUUUCAUGGUGAUGCUUCCUCAUCUGAAAAUGACACUCUUACCUCUUCCAAUACCUACAACAGCCGAUAUUGGAAUGACCCCAAAGCAAACCAUGCUACAGACUCCUUCACUCACCUCAACAAUGACGCACGGCAGGCCUUCUCUCGUUCUGGAAGUACCAAUGCCCGUUCUGUAUAUGCUAAUGGAGGUCACCCAGCACCCCCUCCACCGAAGACAUUGGUAGUGACAACCAAUACAGCUCCAUCUACACAGGAGAUGGCCAGGAGUAAUGGAUCAGUGAGUCGGAAACCACGACCCCAACACACAUGGUCCUAUGCUGUAAGCCAAGCAACGCUGGAGAGGAUAGGUGCUGUGCCUGUAAUGGUACCAGCACAGAGCCGAGCAGGCUCUUUGGUGUAAAAAAUGGUUGUGGUUCUGCGAAUUUGUUACAAUAAGUGGGAGUGAAGAUGGGCUCAAUAAGAGACUCUCCUCUUCCUCCCUGAGAUGGAGGGGAAGAUCUGUGUUCUUCCUUUACCCCAAUCAACUGAACCCAACUGAUGUGAUGAUCCCUCCUUUAUUACCCCACCCUCAUGAUCUCAGGGGCUCCUCAGCUAUGGCUGUAUGUGCCAAGGUCAAAAGGAGGCCAUUUAAGGCAUCAGGGGAAGGAGACCAUACUUGCUUUCUAAGGUCUGCUAUGUGAAAUUUCUAUUUGUAUGGUAAACCAGAUGAAAUUUAUAAAGUCCAGAGAUCAGUAGAUCAGAUCAGCUGCCUUGGGUUUAGCCCAUUGCUGCUUGGCUCGAAACAGAUGAUGGUGAGGGGAAACUGGUGACAUUCUGUCUGUGACUACUGAUCUCAGAGUAAAAAAAGCAGAGGAAAAAAAUAAGCUGGGGCAAAAGAAGUGGGAGGGAGGGCGAUUGACUUGAGAGUUAUAUUUUAUUUAAUUAUUUUUCUGGAGUUCUUUAUUUCUAUCUUCCUCCCUUCUCCUGCUUCCUAUCAUUCUCCAAAUUGGAUUUUUCUCCCCCUUGCACUAGUUUCCUGGAUGCUUCUCACAUCCUUUGCCACCUCCAUGGCAACUGGUCGUUUUGGCCUUGUUCCCCGAAGGGCUGCUUGGCAUCUGAUUGGCCUGCUGCUGCUGUUGUUGCUGUUGUUUGGCUGUUGUUGAAAGGAGGGAUUUGGGGAGGGCAUGGUGUGGGGUUGAAAGCCUCCAUUGCUUAACUGAACUGGCUGUGUAUUUUCUAGGGUGUGUGGCUGGCAUUUCUCAAAAGAGCUAGUUUUCCAAAGCUUUUAGCAUCUGCAUGGCAUAUAUGGCUGUGCGGGGCUGGCCUGCAUGGUCAGGUUGAUAGUUGACCAUUCACACAUUCAAAGCAUUCAUUUUAAUUCUUCCUUUACAGGAUAUCUUGGACUUAUAUUAGGGAAGGAAGGAA